AUGAAUAUUCAAACGAAAUCAUUAAUCACUUUGAUUCAAUGUAAUAUUAAUAAUUAUAUUUAUGGUAAUGAUAUUGCUCGAUACUUUACAAUAUCUGAACAAGAUUUAUUAACAGAAACUGAAAAUAAUAGAGUUUGUAAAAUUAUUGAUAAAGUAACAAAAACACUUACAGAUGAAAAUAAUAAUUAUUUACAAUCAAUUUUUAAAAAUUUAAAUGUUUUUACCAUUUUUACAACUAUUAAAACUGAAAUUCAAAAAUGUACAAACAAAAAACAACUUAUUGAUUAUAUUGAUUCUUUAACUAAAAAAUAUAUUUUACAAUAA